CGUGUCAUGUUACAUUCGUAGGAAGCAUACACAAUCUUCGAUUUCCCACGUAUCUGAAUCUGAUACUACUUAUUACUUGAUGCACCAAUCAUCAACUUAUGAUGGAUAUAAAAUCAUAGCUCUCUGGGGACUACGCCGCUUCCAUGAUCCAGCCAUACACACAUGUAAUUUCCACCGUUCUCGUCUUGUCAACAUGGGAUGGGUUCGCUCGUUUGUCAAAUUUCGUGGAAAAGCUUACACUAUGCCUUAUGAACUCAAUAAGGUUUCAAGUAUAUACCAAGAUGCUGAAUCGGUGCCAAAAUUAAUACUUACCGGCAAAAGAAACUUUCGCUUACCACUCGUCGUCGUGCUUUUAAUCAAUUAGAGUUUGCGAAAGUGGAUGGAAAGUCGAGACUCCCAUCGAUUGGAAAUAUAUUCCAGAGGAAAUAUCCUCAAAUUUAAGCUCCUGAAUUUUCGAAUCAAGUACAUGAGAGGGUCUCUCGAAGCCCUGGAGACCCUUUGCUUUAGAUUGCGUUGGUUGCGAAAUAUAAUUCACCUUUGUGCAAUUCGCUUUUUCAUGGCCACACACUUUUCUAUUCGGUCGUUAUGGCAGGCCGAAGGACUUCUCAUCCCAUGAGGUUGAAUCAUUAUUUGCCCAUGGCCAAUCACAGCCACAAGGCCUCGGAUUUGCAGGAUGUUAUGGAGUUGAAGGAUCAAGGAAAGGAUUCGCACCAUUUCCCUAAAACAGACCACGAGCGAGAAACCUCAUAUACAUUCCAUACAAUCGAAAUGGAGGACCAAAGAAUCGAAUCGCAUGACAUUCCCAAGACAAAUCAUGAUGAAAAAACUCCAUAUGCUUUUCAUACCAUCGACAUGGAAGACGAAGAAAAAAGACCGUAUCCCAUUCGAGUGGAUUCGCUACAAUCAACUCAUUCUAUGCAAUCUGAGCAUUCCGAGACGGGGAGAAGUCAUUCAACAAUUAGACCACUCGAUACACAAGAAGAGGACUUGGUGGGAAAGUCGGAACCAAGUCACCAUUAUCACGAUGGUAUCUUCUGGCGCUCACCAAUUUUGAUGGGUGGAAAUUUGUUCGUUGGAAUUAUUGCUAGUAUUGCUCAUCAUGUAUUUUAUAGUUGCAUGGUGGGAAAGCAGGUGGGAGAUGAUUAUUCUCAACAGUGGACUUUGAGAUAUGGAACAACCUUUGCUUUUGUUUCACAAGUAUGUCUCGUCAGCUCAGUUGGAUUUGCUUAUACACAAUGGCUUUGGAAAUCUUUGUAUCACAAGGAUACGAAAGUUUCUGUUAAUUGUCUUGAUGCUGCUUUCGUUGCCGAUACAUCUGUUUUAUCAAUUUUGAACACAGAAAUGCUUUGGAAGCUUAAAUUGGGGUCUUUACUUGCGAUAGUUGCAUGGUUAGUCUUUUUUGGAUUUUGUUAUGCGUGGCCAUUUUCAACGACUCUACCCAUCGGCUCUCUACUCACUCCCGGUACACUCUACGUUGUACCCAGUUCCAAAUCCAUUCAUACAUACGCCAAUGUCUCUUCCCUUGACAUGUAUGGUCAUGAUCAACCUUCAAGAUUCACAUACUCAGCACCUGUGAAUGUCACAGAUGGUGUACAACACGCACUAUUUCUUGGGCCACGAACAAUCAUUACACGUCUAUCGACUGCCACUGCAACACAAGGGGAAAUCCUACCAAUAAAUGCACCUUUCUCCAACGCAACAUAUGAUGUACAAUUUUACGGACCUAUUGUCAAGUGUAAUGAAGCUGAUUCAACUACCGCCACGAUCAUACAAAAUCUUCGAGAUGAAUCUGUCGCCAAUAUCACAGGAUCAGUUACAGAGGUAUCGAAUUAUUAUUACGCGUUUGUUCCUAACCUAGGGAAUUAUGACAAUAGUUCAUUACCCAACCACGGCGUUACAGUAAUCCCUCAAGCCCGACUCCAACAACCCCAGAAUGCUUCCAAUCAACUCUGGAUGGCUUAUUCGAGAUACCACCAAUCAAAAUCCUUUGAAACAGAAAAUCACUACACAGUUUGCACACUCUAUAACGCAUCCUACAAUAUCAACAUUAAUUUCGAAGAAGGAACCCAAACCGUUACUUCUCAAUCCCUCUCUGUACUUAACUCAGUCCCUUAUCCCGAUGUUAACACUCCACUCUCCAAAUCACUCAUGGUUCAACAUGCAUACUCAGCGUAUAUGUGGGCAAUUGCUGAUCUGAUGGUUGGUACCAUGGGUAUUUUCCAAGCUGCUCCUUCGGCUCCAGGUCUUCCAUCUACAUACUUUUCAGAAAUCACAACGCAGAUUGCUCAUACAUCUUUACUUGGUAGCUCGGAUUUAGAUGCUUUUUUUGAAAGGAAGAGUAAUGAUCCUUUGGGGAAUAAUAAUACGGCGGUUAGUGAUCAGAGAGCGCAGGAUAUUAGUUUGGCGGGAAAUGCGACUCUGGAAGCGUUGGUGGAGGAAUUAGCUUGGAAUGUCACGUGUGGGUUUCUUAAUAGUAAUUUGUUGUCCCCUUCCACGAAUACUUCAGUCCUUUCCACGACCUCCAUAAACAUAUACGCCUACCAUUCCUCUACUCUUCUCCUCUCAUACGGUAUAGCAAUAUUCGUAGCACUCAUCGCCAAUUCUCUGGGCGCAUACGCAUAUCAUAUCAAUGGACGUUCGCAUAAUAAAAGUUUCUCAGCCAUCCUGGCAGCGACGAGGGAUAGUGAGUUUGGAAGAUUAUUACCUGGGGGAGUGAGAGGGAAGAUUCCAUUACCCGAAUGGGUGUUGGAGACACAGUUGAGAUUUGUGGAUGUUGAUGGUGGUGGAGUCGAUGAGUGUGGGAUGGGUGGAAAGAAAGGGGGAGGAAGAGAGUUUAGAGUGGUGGGAAUGAGGAAGGGGUAUGAGGCUAGAAGGGAAACUGAUCCCGUGGGGGUAUUUUCAGAGAGGUGAUGAGUUAUGAUU